AUGCCUCCUCUUUCCGAGAUCUUCACAAAGCUUCUCAAAAAGGCCAUGGCGGCAGGCAAGGUGCCUCUAGAGUGGCUGCACCACCCUCUCUCCCCUGUGCUGCCCGCGCUGAUGCUUAUAGCGGGGGCCAUCUGGCUGCUGGGGCCGCUGGUGCGGCUGUGCAGGAAGGUGAUUAAAAAGAGCGACGCCAACUGGGAGGAAUCACGAUCUCGCCACGUCAUGGUGUCGUAUGUGCGCCCGCUCAUUCUCUGGGGCUGCGUGCUCGUGCUCUGUGGCUGCUUCCAGCCGUUCAGCAUGCCCACGGAGGCAGGGCAGCUCAUCAAGGACCGCUUUGUCAACUUCCUGCGAUCACUCUCCACCGUGCUCGUCUUCGCCUUCUGCACUGCCAACCUAACUCGGCAGAUACAGAAGAUGAUGGAGAAGCAGAGCAACAAGGAGGAGACCCGAAACGUGGGAGUGCAGUUCGUGGGCAACACGGUGUACACGCUCGUGUGGGUGGCGGCUGUCUUUCUCUUCAUGGAGCUGUUGGGCUUCUCCACUCAGAAGUGGAUCACCGCUGGAGGGCUUGGGACUGUGGUUGUGACUCUGGCGGCCAGAGAGAUCGUGACCAACUUCCUCUCCUCCAUCAUGAUCCAUGCUGCACGCCCCUUCAUGGUCAACGAGUGGAUCGUGUGUCGCAUUGAUGGCCAGGAGAUAUCUGGGACUGUGGAGCACGUGGGGUGGUGGGAGCCAACACUGGUGCGCGGGGACGACAGGGAGGCGAUUCACAUCCCCAACCACAAGUUCAGUGUGAUUGUCAUCCGCAACAUGAGCACGCGCAACCACUGGCGCAUCAAGAUCUACUUCGGGGUGUGCCACCUGGACGUCAACAAGCUGCCGGACAUCCUGGUGGCGAUGCGCAAGUUCAUAGGCAAGCACCCCAUGCUGGAGCAGCGCCAUCUGCACAGGCGUGUGUUUGUGGAGCGCAUUGACGAACAAUUGCAGGCCAUCAUGAUCAUGUGCUCGUGCUUCGUCAAGACGCCGUAUUUUGAGGAGUACCUGCGAGUCAAGGAGAACGUGGUGCUAGAGAUGUACAAGAUUAUUCUCGAGCAUGGGGCCCGUCUAGCAACGCCCAUCCGCUCAGUGCAGAGGCUGUACGACGAGGGCGAGGUGGCACGGGGGGGGUACAGCGAUGAGGACGAAUAUGACGAGGAGGAGGAAGAGGAUUAUGAGGACGAGGAGGAGGAGAUGCGACCCCCCGCACUGCUAGUUGCUGCUGGGCUGGGCGUGGGAGGUGCUGGGUCCGUUGGGGGAGCAGGAGGGGGUGGGGGCGGGGGCGGGGGUGGUGGAGGUGGGGGUGCGGGAGGAGGUGUGGGAGGAGGGGGACGAGGGGGGUCGGGAGGAGGAGCUGCGGGAGGAGGGGUUGGUGGGGCUGUGAGGGCUCCUGAGAAUGGGGCGAGAGUAGGAGCUGGGGCAGGGGGUGGGGGAGGAGUGUUAGUCGGGGCUGGGAAUGGUGCAGGAACGGGUGUGGGAGCAGGAGUGGGGGCAGGAGUGGGGGCAGGAGUGGGCGCAGGUGUGGGGGCAGGUGUGGGCGCAACAGCAGGGGCAGCAGCAGCAGCAGGGGCAGCAGGGCAGGGAGGAGGGGAGGUGAAUGGGCAUGCAACUUUGGGAGCGAAUGGAGGUGCAAGCAGAGGCGGAAGGCCCCCUGCCAACCCUCCUCCAUCUCCCCAUCCCCCUUCUGCUCCCUAUCCUCCUGUCAACCCCGCCACCCCUUCUCCCCAUCCCCCCUCUGCUCCCUAUCCUCCCGCCCCUCCUCAGCCCCCCUCCGCUGCUCCCCAGAAGCCCCCUGCAAAGCCUGCUCCUGCUGCUGCUUUCAGCCCUCUUCCCUCUUCAAUCCCUCCUUCCUCCCCAACUCCUCCCCCCUCAGCCAUCCCGUUAACCUCCCCCGUUCCCCUGGCGUCCCCCUCUCCCUCCACCACUGCUGGCACUGGCCCGCUAACCAGUGGCCCUGCUAUCAGGCAACCAGCAGCCUCACCUCCUCCUGUUGCCCCACCUGCCACUGCCGCACCCACCGGUGCCGCACCCACCGGUGCCCCACCCACUGCUGCUGCACCCAACACAAUCCCACUCACUAAUGCUCCACCCGCUAAUGCUCCACCCACCACAGCCACUCCUUCUGCAAGGACUCCUACGGGCCCACCUCCUCCCUCUGCUGCUCCACCAUUCUCUCCCUCUCCCCCCACACCCACCGCACCCUCUGCUCCUCCGCCCUCACCACCAACUCCCAGAGGCCCCACUAACCCACCUGGGAAUGCCAGCAGCCCAAGGCAACCCCCUGCUUCUGUGCCAGCACCCCCUGUCACUCCCCCCAACCCCUCUGCUACAGCUGCUCCUGUCACUUCUCCUACCUCCCCUGCUGCAGCUGCAAAUGUCAAUCCACCUUUCACGUCUGCAGGGAGCGGUGCAGCAGGGGGCGGUGCAGCAGGGAGCGGUGCAGCAGGGAGCGGUGCAGGAGGGAGCGGUGCAGCAGGGGGCGGUGCAGCAGGGGGCGGUGCAGCAGGGAGCAGUGCAGCAGGGAGCGGUGCAGCAGGGAGCGGUGCAGCAGGGGGCGGUGCAGCAGGGAGCGGUGCAGCAGGGAGCGGUGCAGCAGAUUCAUCAGGGUUGAGAGCAACCACGGGAGCAGGUGAAAGAAUGGCACCAAUGCCAGCAGCGAUGCCACCAUCAUCGCCAGUACCAUCAUCACAAUCACAGCUCUCAUCACAGCCAAAAUCACCAUUACAACCACCAUCACCGCCCUCCGUUCCAGCCAUUGUGCCACCACCAUCUCAGCAACAACCAUCAUCACAGCAACUAACCCAACCGCCAUCUCAGCCCCAACCACCCUCUCAGGCAAACUUGCCAUCCACCCAAUCACCAUCCACCCAACAACCUUCAAACCAUCCACCAUCCAACCAACAAGCACCCUCCCAAGCACAGGCAGACUUGUCGCAGGCACAAGCAUUUAUGUCUGCCCCUCGGCAACUCUCCACCUCACCCCCUUUACAAGCAUCCCCGUCUGGCUCAGUACAACCACCUGCGUCUCCUCCCUCUCUCGCCACUCCUGCUCCUCCCCGGCCCUCCCAUUCCCAAUCCCAACAAUCCCAGCCUCUAGCCCAACCAUCCUCUCCUGCUCCUGCCUCCACUUACCCUCCCCCUUCUCCCAUUCCCUCCUCUCCCACUGCCUCCUAUCCGCCUCCCUCCUCUCCCCUUCCCUCCCCCAACCCCAUUGUGCCCCCCACCUCCCCUCCAUCUCCUGUGCCCUCCUCUCCCUCCCUCACACCCUCGUCUGCCUCCCCCUCUGCCUCCCCCUCUGCCUCCCCCUCUGCCUCCCCCUCUGCCUCCCCCUCUGCCUCCUCUGCUCCUCCUGCCCCAGUGCUCUCGCCUCCCCCCCAACCACCAGAAGCACUGGGAAUGGACGGUGGUGAUGAGGAGGGCGAGGGAGAGGAGAGACAAGGGGGGAAUUCAAGCCGGGACGAGGAGGAGAGUGAGGUAGAGAAAUCAACGAGGCUGAAUGAGGGUGGAAAGCGUGGGAAUGAAGCGGAGGGUGGUGAUGGUAAAAAUCUGGAAUCUGAUAAAGAGACGGGGGUGGGAGUGGAGGUAGCACCUGUGCCUGUUUUUGCUGCUGAUGUCAUUUCAGCUGGUGCAAAUACACAGCCUGCUGGCACUGGUGAUAGCGGGGAUUGUGGUGAUAGGAGUGGUGGGAGUGGUGGUGGGUUGGGCGGGAAUAAUCCCACCAGCGCAACAGGCACGAGUGCUUCUGACCUGGCAUCAGCAGGCGAAGCAAGGAGCAUUGGUGGGCGAGUGUUGGCAUCAGGAGAGGCAGUGAUGCGAGGGGGUGCAGGGGAGACCGGACCACCGUUACUGGGAGCAGCAGCUGCUGCGAUGAUGAGUGAGGGUGUUGUUAAGCCUUCAACAGUAGCAACAGCAUCCUUCUCGAACUCAGAUUCAGAUACAGCUUCAGGUAUCGGGAAGGGCGGCGAGAGAGAAGCUCCUGGUGCGACCAAUGCCACAAGUGCUUCUGGUGUUACUGACGUUGGAGGUAGCAAUGGUGGUGGUAUGGAAUUUGGAACAGUAGGAGUAAGGUAA